UGUAUAUAAAGCCAGCGAUACCGUGCUGGCCUCCAGUCGAGCCUCUCGGAAUCGGUGUCUUGCUAUAUCCAUUCAUCAGACUUGGGAUCGGCCUUUUCGAUUAGCUAGACGAGCGCGUCAAGAGUCAACAACACCUAAAGCAAUGCGGCGCUCAAUCAUCUUUUGCUUCUUUGCCGCCUUCGGCGGCUGGGUCUUUGGUUACGAUGUGAGCUUCCAGCCUAUCUUUAAUCUCUGAACGCAACGUGACCAAUUGUCUUCGAUAGAUCGGUUACAUCUCAGGAUGCCUCAUCAUGCCAAACUUUAUCGAGCACAUGGGCCAAGACGACGGUACCGGCGCCUACAUUCUCUCCUCCCAACGCCAGAGUAUCAUCACCUCCCUUCUAUCGGCCGGAACAUUCUUUGGGGCUUUGCUUCAGAGUUUUACGAGUGAUAGAUUGGGUAGGAAGGGUAGUAUCUUAUUCUGGUCUGCUAUUUUUACGGUUGGCAUCAUCGUACAGGUUUCUUCUUUCGGUCUCGCCCAGAUCACUGUCGGCCGGUUCAUCGCCGGACUCGGUGUGGGUGCUCUCUCAGCCAUCGUACCCCUCUACAUUGGCGAAGCAGCCCCCAAGAAACUCCGUGGCUCCCUCCUAGUCUUGUACCAAGUCCAAAUCGCUUCCGGACUCUUCCUCGCCUACAUCAUUGACCUCGGAACGCACCAUCUGAAAUCUUCCGCAUCAUGGCGUAUCCCCGUAGGCCUCCAGCUCGUCUGGGGUGCAUUCCUCAUGAUCGGCGGUGCUCUCUUGCCCGAAUCGCCGCGUCUCCUCUUGGGUAGAGGCGAUAAGGAGAAGGCCAUGAAAGCGAUAGCCGUGCUUAAUGACUGUAAAGUCGAUGAUGCCCUUACGCGGGAUGUGAUGAUGGAGCUCGAAGAUGCUAUUAGGGAAGAGAACGAAGGUGGGCAAGCGGGGUGGCUGGAAUGCUUCAGUAUUAGGAGUAUGAUGUGGAAGAGGACGUUGAAUGGGUGUAUGGUGCAGUUCUUGCAGCAGAUGAAUGGUCAGAACUUCUACUACUACUUUGGCCCCGUCUUUUUCGAAGCUGCAGGUACCGAGCUCUCCUCCUACUCCAUCCAAGCCAUCCUCGGCGGCGUCUCCCUCGCCAUGGUCAUCCCCGCCAUGUGGACAAUCGAACACGUCGGCCGUCGAAACUCUCUCCUCAUCGGCGCCGCCGCCCAAGCCGUCUGCGCCCUCAUUGCCGGUCUCGUCGGGCACUAUUUCACCGACGUCGCCGGCGUGUCGGAGAGUCAAGAGCAGACGGGCGGGAAAGUGUUGGUGGCGUUUGCGGUGAUGCAUGUUGCGAUGUAUAGUCUGUUUUGGGGCCCGACGCCGUGGGUUAUCCUUGGGGAGACUUUCCCGUUGAGGGUGAGGCCCAAGUGUAUUGCACUUGCUGCUUCUGUCAAUUGGCUCUGGAAUUUCCUAUUGUCUUACUUUUCACCUCUUAUUACCGACGACAUCGGUCCUUUAAUUCUGAUGAUCUUCUUCGGCUGCCUCGUUGGCGCAUUCGUCUACGUCUACUUCAUGCUUCCCGAAACCCGAGGCAUCUCACUCGAAGAAGUCGACGAGCUCUACCGUUCCAAAAUCCCCGCUUGGCGUUCCAAUUCCUGGAAACCAUCCGGCCACCACGCAGCCCUCGACGCUAUCGAAGGCGGUACCGACCCUCGCCGGACGCAAAAGACUGGCGCUGGCGCGGGCGAAGAUGCACCGGGGCUUAUUGGUGGGGUUGGUGGGGAUGAGAAGAAGAAGGAGGUGGAUGAGCAUUUGGAGCAUGCUCCUGGGACGGGGGCUGGGUACGAGAAGCAGAAGCCGCUUCAUGUGGUGUGAGGUGGUACGAUCGAAAUGAGACGGCAGAAUAUCUGCUCUGUUUGUAGCGGUUACUAUUGUCUCCGUAGCUGUAUCUAUUACAAGAAUGGUGUUGAAUCAUGUAUCCAUGUGCCAUAAAGCUUGAUCGGAUGGUGUGUUGUCGAGAGGCUGAUAGUAAUCGAUGAGGCACACAGAGGAGGAGACUUCAAGUAACAGGAAACAAACACCAUCAUGGUAACGGUGUGCAGUACAUCUCCAGCACAGAAAGUGGGACGCAGAAG